CUAACUUGUAACCCCAGAGUGACCCAAUCUGUCUCACGCAGUCUGUGACAACUGCGCGCUCAGAAAGCACGCGCGAAGUGCAUUCGAAAUUCGAAAGUGUUUUUUUUUCUUAAUCUGGAUACGAGGUGUUAAGAUGGCUAUAACCUGCGAUUGCCCGAUGUCGCAGCCGGGACCCACGCUCGCCGCGACUUGCGGCGGCGGCGCCUUCAUGCUCUUCAUGGGGCUGCUGGAAGUGUUCCUGAGGAGCCAAUGCGAUUUAGAGGAUCCUUGUGGGAGGACGCAGUAUCGUCGUCACAUGGACUCUGUAUAUGACUUCAUCGUGGUCGGUGGAGGGUCAGCUGGUUCCGUGGUGGCCGCCAGACUGUCAGAAGUACCUGAGUGGAGAGUUCUGUUAUUAGAAGCCGGAUUCGAUGAGCCAACCGGGACCCAAGUGCCCUCCAUGUUUUUGAACUUUAUCGGAUCGAGCAUAGACUGGGGUUAUCACACGGAACCAGAGCAAGCCGCGUGUCUGGGUGAAAAAGAAAGGAAAUGUUAUUGGCCGAGGGGAAAAGUUUUAGGUGGUACAUCAGUAAUGAACGGUAUGAUGUAUAUAAGAGGAUCCAGACAUGACUAUGACGAAUGGGCAGCAGCUGGCAACGAAGGGUGGUCUUAUGAAGAAGUUCUACCGUAUUUCAUGAAGUCAGAGGAUAAUAAACAAGUUGAGGAAAUGGAUAAAGGUUACCAUGGCACUGGUGGACCGCUCACCGUGUCACAGUUUCCCUACCAUCCACCGCUCAGUCAGAGUUUGUUGAAAGCUGGAGAGGAACUUGGUUACCAAGUUCGUGAUCUAAACGGCGAGAUCCACACGGGCUUCUCCAUCGCGCAGACGACCAACCGCAACGGGUCCCGCCUGAGCGUGGCGCGCGCGUUCCUCCGUCCCGCGCGACGCCGCCCCAACCUGCACGUGAUGCUGAACGCCACCGUCACUAGGGUCCUCAUCAACCAGACCACUCGCCAGGCGUAUGCUGUGGAAGUGAGAAACAGCUUCGGAGGCACCGAAGUCAUCUUCGCCAAUAAUGAAAUUAUAUUGAGUGGCGGUGCAGUAGCGACCCCUCAGAUCCUACAGCUCAGUGGUGUAGGAGACCCCGAGGUUCUCGCACGAGCGGGAGUUCCACUCGUCCAUAAACUUCCUGGAGUUGGUCAAAAUCUUCACAACCAUGUUACCCAUUUCUUGAGCUUCACGAUGAAUGAUAAUAACACCGCGCCUUUGAACUGGGCUACCGCUAUGGAGUAUCUGCUGUUUAGAGAUGGACUUAUGUCUGGGACAGGAAUAUCCGAAGUGACAGCAUUUAUAAAUACCAAAUAUGCGAAUCCCGAAGAGGACAACCCGGAUAUCCAAAUGUUCUUCGGCGGUUUCCUCGCAGACUGCGCCAAGACGGGCAUGGUGGGGGAGAAGCUUGGAGACGGUUCUAGAAGCAUCCAGAUGUUUCCAGCUGUUCUGCGGCCCAAGAGCAGGGGCAGGAUUGAGAUAGCCAGUGCAGAUCCAUUUGCGCAUCCAAAGAUUUAUGCCAACUACCUCACGCACCCGGACGACGUGAAAGUUCUGAUCGAGGGCAUAAAGUUCGCGAUCAAACUGUCAGAGACGGAGGCGCUGAAGCGCUACGGCAUGAAGCUGGACAAGACGCCCGUGGCGGGCUGCGAGCGGUACCGCUUCGGCUGCGACGCGUACUGGGAGUGCGCCGUGCGCGUGCGCACCGGCCCCGAGAACCACCAGGCGGGCUCGUGCCGCAUGGGGCCGCGCGCCGACGCGCUCGCCUGCGUCGACCCGCUGCUGCAGGUGCAGGGCAUCGACCGGCUGCGCGUGGCGGACGCGAGCGUGAUGCCGCGCGCGCCGUCCGGCAACACGAACGCGCCGGCCGUCAUGAUCGGCGAGCGCGCCGCUGACUUCAUCAAGCGCCGCUGGCUGCCGCACCAGAUACCUUAUCAAUCUGACCAAGGAGGAAUCUCAAACAUCCUUAGUGUUAGUGAAAGCAGGUAUCCCGGUUGGCAACCCUGGCGAUAACUAAUUUAAGAGUAACUGUAUCAAUAAAAUUGUAAUUAUUUAUGUAUGAAACAAUAUGUUUUUAGUAGAAAGUUUCAAAUAUAACGGAAUAUUUGUGACGCAAGGACUACUACGGUCUGCUUCAUACCAAUUAAGGAACCCCAGUUCUUUUCAGGUUAUUUAUUAGAAAAUUUAAAUUUUAUAAGAAUUAUUUCACCAGGUUGUCUUAGUAUUGUAAGAUUGUAGGUUAUAAUUAGAGAUAAACAAUAUGUAAAUGCUUGUACAAAUACUCGAUAGAAGUAGGAUAUUUAUCUAUGUUUUAGUAUAAGUAGUUGUAAGAUACUUACAUAAUCAAUAAGUAGGUGUAGCAAGUAGGUCAUUUAUAGUUUUCAACAAAA